CUUCCAUAAAACACAAGCGAUGCUUCUCCCCUUAUAUUUCCCUUAAAAGCUUCGUCCGAUUUCAACGCAGAGAGAAACAGAGAAGAAGAGAAAUGGCGGCUUCUGGUGCGAUCUCUGGGGCCUCUUUCUCUUCUUUCUUCGCCAAGACUGCUGCUUCAAGUUCUAACCCUUCCCCCAAGCUCUCUUCCUCUUCUUCUCUGUUUCCGCAGAAGAAAACUGGGUUUCAAGGGAUUUCGCUAGAAGAGGCGAGGAAGAGCGUCUCUGAAACAUUCGCAGUCUCUCAGAGCAAGAUCAAUGGAUCAAAAGGGUCGAGAAGGCUGGAAAUCCAAGCGAGAACUGCGGCAGCGAAGACGAUAGAGGUCGAAGUCGACAAGCCUCUGGGUCUGACUUUAGGACAGAAGCAAGGGGGUGGGGUUGUCAUCACUGCUGUAGAUGGUGGUGGGAAUGCGGCAAAAGCAGGGCUUAAGACCGGCGAUCAAGUUCUGUACACGAGUAGUUUCUUUGGGGACGAGCUUUGGCCCGCAGACAAGCUUGGUUUCACUAAAACCGCUAUCCAGGCAAAGCCUGAGUCUGUCUACUUUGUUGUCAGCAGGGGUGCAGAUGUUGACGUGAAGAAAUUGACUAAGCGUCCGGCUCCUCCACGCUUCGGGAGGAAAUUAACCGACACUCAAAAGGCAAGAGCUACUCACAUAUGCAUUGACUGUGGAUUCAUUUACACCUUACAGAAACCCUUUGAUGAGCAGCCGGAUGGGUACGUAUGCCCUCAGUGCAGGGCACCGAAGAAGAGGUUUGCUCGGUACGACGUAAACACGGGGAAAGCCAUAGGAGGAGGACUGCCUCCCAUUGGCGUCAUUGUUGGACUUUUGGUCGGUGUUGGAGCAGUUGGAGCUUUGCUUGUUUAUGGUCUUCAAUGACAUUUUUCUUUUCAUUUACUUAAAUCUUCAUGUGUUCUUUUAGACAUCUUCAAACUCAGAAAUCCAUAUUGAACACCGUUUUUUUUGCAAAUAUCA